GGACUGUGAAGCGUCUGCAUAGAUCAGUCCAUUAAAAAUAACCAUAUAAAACCUCGCAUGGGGCUUAACUAGCCGAGCAGACGGCAUUAUUUAAUGUCAAUUUGAGUAUAGGAACAGGAACACCCAGUUCCACACUGCUGAUCUGUUUACACCUUCCUUCUCUCUUUUGCAACCUAGAUCCAUCUGGCAUUGGGCUUUUCUUUAUUUGUCAUCCUAAACAACUUGCGGUGUUCAGCGACGACAGCCUAUAGCCGAUAUGGACCAGCAACGGCGUUCUAAACGACGGCGCCUGGGAACCCCAAUGCAUGCUACGGAAGACUCCAUCAAUGGUCUUUACCAGGCAGCCACCCCUGAGGAGAAGAAGAACUGGAAUGGAUUUUGUGAGAUUGAGUCGGAACCCGUAAGAGAAUAUGCAUGUUCAUCCUCCUGUUUGGCUAUACGAUUGAUUCAAAAACUUUAAAGGCUCUAUUCGAUGUGAUGCUACGCGAGUUUGGGGUAAAGGGAGUAAAAGUCCAGGAAGUCGUGUCUUUGGACGACGAGAUGAUGGCAUUCCUGAACAAGCCCGUGUAUGGCUUGAUCUUUUUGUUUCGUUGGCGCGAAGAUGAUCCUGAUAAACAGGAGGCUAGCUGUCCCGACGGGCUCUGGUUUGCCAACCAGACAGCUGGCAAUGCUUGCGCUAGCGUAGCGCUGCUCAAUAUCGUCAACAACAUACAAGAAAUCGAUCUCGGUGAGAAUCUACAGCACUUCAAGGAUUUUACUAUGCCAUUUACACCCGCAUUACGAGGGGAUGCAAUUAAAAACUUCGAAUUUGUUAAGCGGAUACACAAUUCAUUUGCACGGAAAAUGGACAUACUGAACUCCGAUCUGCAAUUGAAGAACGAGGCAACUUCGAGGAAGCCUCGCUCAACAAAGAGCAGCUAUGAUCAUGCCGACAAUGAUGCAGGCUUCCAUUUCAUUGCGUUUGUUCCAGCAAUGGGCAAAGUGUGGAAGUUCGAUGGCUUAGAACGCCAGCCUCAGGCUCUGGGAGAAUGUUCCCAAGAAGACUGGCUGGAUCUGGUGAAACCCAACAUCCUCACUAGAAUGGCAGACUAUGAAGAAGAUCAAAUAGAAUUUUCCAUUCUUGGUGUUGUCAGGGAUCCUCUACUUGAUCUGAUCGGUAAACUGGCUGUCAACGUGAAGUGCCUUGAGAUGGUUAAUGGCCGCCUAGGCACGAACUCUGAGACCAACUCGGAGCCCGCCUUUGAGAAUGCCGUUCUGGGGCCUGACUCAUCAUUUGAUUUGACCAGGGAGGCUAUUGACAACGCCAAAAUUUCCGCGGACGAGGAGGAAAUGUAUCAGGCCUGCUCGAUAGAUGAGUUAGUACAACAUCGACAGAAGCUCAGCAUCGCUCAGCAAGAGCUCCGAGCCGCGAUCCGGGAAGAACAGCAGUCGCAUCGCGCAGACGAUGACUAUGCUACCGGGCGAAGGUACGACUACGGCCCCGCGGUGAGAUGCUGGAUACAGUUUCUGGCGCGGAAGAGGGUGAUAGAAGACUUGCUGUGAGAUGGUGGAAGUAGCAGUACCUUUUACCUAGGUAAUAAGUACAGUGACGCGGCAAAAGUUUUGACACCCUCCACCACCUAACGCCACGCUAAUUUACGCAUUUACUCCCCCUAGCACCACCAAUUCUAAGGCUAAAAACGAUUUAAACCAUGCCUCUACGUUCGGAGCUCACCCCAGCCCUCCAGGAGCGUAUAUGUGAGCUACAUUCUACUGUUCACUGGGGAUAUAAAUGUAUCAUAGUUAUCCUUGGAUUUGUCCCUCAAAAAUUCGAUAUACAACAUAAAGGAGCGAAAAACGGCGUGAUGUUGUAUCAAAAUCCUUGAUCUGGUCAACCAAAAAGGCUUAAUGUAUCACGGCCCAGAGCGCCCUAUUCUGCCUAUAUUGAUGAGGAUAUAACUAAUGUAUUUCCCGGUCGAGCGGGCCACCUGCUAAUUCCUGCCCGCGGGCUAAAUACUAGAGCCUCUACCAGCCAAACAAUUGCAUUUUUAUACAAAAACUAAUUGCUAAGGGGAUUGGGACAUCUAACUCUAGUAUGUCCCUAAAUAUGACAAUUAGAACACUGUGGUAGAGCUUGUAUGUGUGGUCCAACUGCAGAAAGUGCUGGAUCUUUAGGAAGCAUAUCUUGACCUUUAACAACCUCAUUCUCAUGCUGAAAUCACUCUAAAC